AUGAUACCUACCCACCCUUUGACCUUCCUGACCCUGGGCAUGGUCCUAACUCAGAGUGGAUGUAUGCUCCCUGAGAGUCACCACUGGGAGGACUCGAAUGGCUCCCAGCUGCAUCCCACCAUCCAGAAACUAAUGAAGGGAUAUAACCGCUACAUGAGGCCCAACUUCAAUGAGGGCCCUGUUGAGAUUGGGAUGAGUCUGGAUAUCGCCAGCAUUGAUGCCAUCUCAGAAAUCAAUAUGGACUACACAGCCACUAUCUUCUUGCGUCAGCGUUGGAGGGACUCACGGCUGGUGUUCCCAGGGAAUGAGAGUGUGAGUGUGGAUGGACGACUAGUCUCCCUCCUCUGGAUCCCAGACACCUUCAUUCCAGACUCCAAACGCUCCUUCCUGCAUGACGUCACUGUGGAGAACCGUCUCAUACGGAUCUUCAGCAACGGGACCGUUCUCUAUGCUCUACGAAUAACAGCGACCAUCGCCUGCAACAUGGACCUGACCAAGUACCCAAUGGACAGACAGGUGUGCACCCUGCAGCUGGAGAGCUGGGGCUAUAACCUACAGGAUGUAAUCUUCUACUGGACUAGAGGGAAUGACUCAGUGAAGGGUCUGGACACACUGCGCCUUGCCCAGUACAGUGUUGAGAGUUACUACACAUCUGUUUCUGAGGCUGUCUAUGAGACAGGGCUGUACCCGAAGCUGGUGCUCCACUUUGCUCUGCGCAGGAACGUGUUGUUCUUCAUCUUGGAGACAUACGCCCCUUCUACUCUGUUGGUGGUGCUCUCCUGGGUCUCCUUCUGGAUCAGCCAAUCAUCUGUCCCCGCACGCACCUGCAUCGGUGUGACCACAGUGCUGACGAUGACUACUCUCAUGAUGGGUGCCCGUACCUCUCUCCCCAACGCCAACUGUUUCAUCAAGGCCAUAGACGUGUACCUGGGCAUCUGUUUCACCUUCAUCUUUGGGGCGCUGCUGGAGUACGCCUGCGCCCACUUCUGUACCGUGCAGCACCAAACCGAGCUCCUUCAGGAGUUUGAUGAUUCCAACAGAAACGGUACCAUGCCCGUGGUCAGCUCCAGCCAACCAAAUCAGGUCCUGGAGCUAGGCUCCACCCAAAAGGAUCUUGUUGACCAAUCGGGGACGAGUGUCAGCGAGGCCGAGGCUACAGAGAAGAAGCCGGGGAAGGGGUGUGGCCUGACGUCGUUUAGGAACGCGUCGCGGCGUGCGGUGUCUGUGUUUAGUGUGGAGAACCCUCACAACAUCGACCGCCACGCUCGCACCGUGUUCCCCCUCACCUUCCUGGCGGUUAAUGUCUUCUACUGGCUCUACUAUCUCUUCAUCUGA